AUGAGUGCAGCACUGCCGACGGAUCCUAGCAGCAGCAACAGUAGUCGCAGAAAGCCGAGUCGGUAUACCACCAGUGCCCCGCGCGGUAGCAUUUCGACCGAACAAGAUCCGCUCCUACGGCGGAGCGGUACCGUCCGAUCGCGACGGGGAACAAGCCAAUCGCCGCAACCCAACCCCUAUUUUCACACUACCAUGGAUCCAGUGUCCGCCACAUCCAGCGCCAACGUGCGAGCGGAACACCACUCCGCAGCUACCGACGUUGCCAAAUAUCCGCUGCGACAAGGGUGGGUGGACUCGGAAGAAAACAAUGUGCGGUUGGAACGCCUACAAUUGCAGCAACCGUCCUCCUCCGAGGUAACGCCCGUGACGUCGUACCAUUCCAUGCCUGACCCAACGCCGGAAUACGAAGGAGACGGAGACGACGAAGAAGAUCGCACGUUGCGGGGUCGCGCUUCGAUGCCUUCUUCGUCGCAAAGCGCGUCACGUGAGUCUUCCGCCUCGCGACCGCACCGAAAUUCCUACUCUUAUAGGGACGAUCAAAGUCUGGGUAGCAGUACGGAUGGCCCAUCGGUACAAAAUAGACCCAUGCUGGAAAUUCCGGAAGAGAUUUACGCCGUACGGAAAGCCGCCUUGCAAGUGCUGAAACCGUUGACCAAAACAUGGGUGGUGAUUUCGGUCGGAUUCGCACUCACUGUACUCUUCGGGAUGACCCGGUGGACGCGUCUCAUGCCCGCUUUGCCCUUUUGGUUCAUUCUGCUACCCUCCUGGCUAGCCCAUAUUGGCUUGCUUUGGUUACACGCCCUGUCUGUCCAGGCGCUCUCCCGCUUCAUAGCGGAAGCCAACGAGUCGAGACAGCGACCCGACAGUCGGGAUCAUUUAAAUCGCACCGAGUACUUACCACUGCUGCAAAAAUCACUGAAAUUUGGACUCAAAACCGGAGUGCUGAGCUUUGCUACCUUUGUAUUUGAAAUUUUGAUAUAUAUGAGACUCGCUCACAACACCUUGCCCUUGGCGGUCGUAUUUACACCACUUUGGUUGCUCGUACUGGGGGGAAUCGUCGACGGUCUGAUAUGCAAAACACAACAUGGACUUCGUGUACUGUGUUGGAUGCUAUCCUUUGUAGCCAUGAUUCUCGUGGUCCUCAAGAUCGAUUACGGCUUCAAUUCUGUUCGAUGGCGAGUCGUGAUCAGCCCUGUGGUAUUGGUUCUGAGCAUUGCUUCGGGAAGUCUAAUUUAUAUUGUCUACGGGCAUCAAGUUGGCUACUACCGUUUGACGGAAUCCCAAUUGACGGCAGGAAACUUGUACUCUCUGGCCGCUCUUAUAUGUAUUGUUCUGGUUAUCAUGAUUGGGGAAGUAAUACCACUAUCAAGACCGGUAGAGGUGGAGACGCGUCUGAUUGUGGUAAUUUUGGCGCCGUUGGUGAUCUGUCUAGUAGGGAUGGGUGCCUGGGUGGUUAGUCGGGAUGAAUUUGGGCGACUGUUGCUUCACGGUGGUCAAUCUGCGGUUCAUCCCAGAAGGUUACGAUGGGAAGCCAAAGGUUGGGCAUCUGUACAAGGCAAGGGCGUCACUAUUAUGCCCAUGUUUGGCGAAGUUUCCUUCCAACCGCUCGAACGAAAGUCAAUGCAAGACCCUGUCUCCCAGACUUCCGCUCCUGCGCAUGUUCUGGAAAUGUGCACCUGCUGCGUCGGAGGCUGCUAUCCAUAUGAAGAAGACGAGGACGAUGAAGAGACGGGUCACCUCGCGGAAGACCUAGGUUAUCAUCCUUAUUUGGACACAGCAACGUCCCGCAGCGCACGGAAUGCUUACAAUAUGCUCCGAGAAAAUUCGUAG